CAGUGGAAGCCAGUCGCGUGGAGUGAUGAGGCAACCUUUGAGACUGGGAAGAGAGGAAAGAUUUACGUAACGCGCCGGCCGGAAGAGAAAAAUUGCAGAGAGUGUAUACAAUUUGUGUAUAGAAGUGGGAGAGUAAGCGUAAUGGUCUGGGCGGCAAUUGGGUGGGAUUGGAAGUCCGAGCUCGUGUUCUUGGAGAGAAAGGAGGGAAAGAGAGGGAUCUGCAGUACGGCAUAUAAGGAGCAAGUUCUUGAUACUGUAAUUAGACCACACUAUGCUUCCUUAAGCCCUGAGCAAAAGGAGAAGUUUAUAUUUAUGGAGGAUGGAGCUAAGGUAUAUAAGGGGGCUGCUCGCUUAUGGAGAUUAAAUUACGGGAUUAAGGGGUUUGACUGGCCACCGUCUUCCCUGGACUUAAAUCCGAUUAAAAAGGUGUGGAGAUGGAUAAAGCAUGAGAUCACUAAGCUUGAGAGUGUACCGACGUUAAAGGAAGAUAUGAAGGAGGUUUUACGUGAGCUGUGGAAGGAGGUAAAGCCAGAGGAUUAG